GGCUGGGAGGAUCCCAGUCACAGCAGCCGCAGGCAGCAGCGCGGCAUCGCUGGGUACCACCGCACUCCCACCGGCAUCCUCUGCCCUUCCCGCUCAACUCAGCCCCACCGGGGCUGCCUGCCCUGCCUUGCCUUGCCAUCCCCUGCCCUGCCACCCCACCGGCAUCCCACCGCCCCCCGGCAGCCCCCCGGCACGGCCAGGAGCUCAGCCCCUCUGGCCAUGGAGCUGCUUUCCACCCCCAAAAAUAUCGAGAUCAACAACAUCACCUGCGAUUCUUUCCGCAUCUCCUGGGCCAUGGAGAAGGGGGACCUGGAGAGGGUCACCCACUACUUCAUCGACCUCAACAAGAAGGAGAACAAGAACUCCAACAAGUUCAAGCAUCGGGAUGUCCCCACCAAGCUGGUGGCCAAGGCGGUGCCGCUGCCCAUGACGGUGCGGGGCCACUGGUUCCUGAGCCCCCGCACCGAGUACAGCGUGGCGGUGCAGACGGCCGUCAAGCAAAGCGAUGGCGAGUACCUGGUGUCCGGCUGGAGCGAGACGGUGGAGUUUUGCACCGGGGACUAUGCCAAGGAGCACCUGGCCCAGCUGCAGGAGAAAGCCGAGCUGAUCGCCGGUCGCAUGCUGCGCUUCUCCGUCUUCUACCGCAACCAGCACAAGGAGUAUUUCCAGCACGUCAGGAUGCACUGUGGGAACGUGAUGAAGCCGUCGUUGAAGGACAACAGCGGCAGCCACGGUUCGCCCACCAGCGGCAUGCUGCACGGCAUCUUCUUCAGCUGCAACACCGAAUUCAACACCGGGCAGCCCCCCCAGGACUCGCCCUACGGUCGUUACCGUUUCCAGAUCCCGGCUCAACGUCUCUUCAACCCCAACACCAACCUCUACUUCGCGGACUUCUACUGCAUGUACACCGCCUACCACUACGUCGUCCUGGUCCUGGCACCCAAGGGUUCCUCAGGAGACAUCUUCUGCCGGGAGCGUCUACCCCAACUGGACAUUUCCUCCAACAAGUUCCUGACGUGCUGCGUGGAGGAGGGUGAGCUGGUGUACCGCCAUGCCCAGGACAGCAUCCUGGAGGUCAUAUACACCGAGCCGGUGGACCUCAGCCUUGGCGUGCUGGGGGAGAUCAGCGGGCACCAGCUGAUGAGCCUCUCCACCGCCAACGCCAAAAAGGACCCCAGCUGCAAGACGUGCAACAUCAGUGUGGGGCGUUAAGGCUGGGAUGCGGGCAGGGAUGGGGAGGGGGACAGGUGCCCACCGCGGGGGCUUCUCCCACGGACGCUGCUGGGUGGAGGAGCCGGAUGGGUGUGGGGGACCCGGCCGGUGUAAAUAGCGACGUUGCCUGUGCCCCUGCCCGCUCGAGGAAGGAGCCGGCGGGAUGCUCGCCCAGCACGGAGGCAGAGCCCAUGCCGCUCUGCGCCCCGAGGGGGGAGACCCUCCUCUCCUGGACUGGUUGACCAGCAUCAUCCUCGCUGGCGUGAGCCCCGUGCUCUGCCCUGUGCUACGCAGCCGCUGCGGGACCCCCCUUCCUCUCCGGCAUCCCCCCGCAUCCCCUGGCCCCCUGCUCCAGGGCUCGCCCCCCUGCCCAGUGAUGCAGCACUCGGGGAGCCCUGGCCCUGCCAACUGGGGCUGGGGCUCCCCAGCCACCCCAGGGGGUUCAGUGAAGAGGCUGGAAGCACCCCCCCCCCCGGUUUUGAACUGCUCCCGGGGAUGGAGGGGUGCUUGGGCAGGGACCCCCGCUCCCGCUGGCACCGCUUGGGGGCUGCAGUCGUGGUGCACGUGUCCGCAGUGGUGUGGGGGACGUCGUGGCGUGUCCCCCAUGUCGUGCAGCGCUGUGUUUGCUCUCUGCUCUAGCCGUCGCUGUGCCGCCCAAACCCCCGGCCCCGCGGCCCAGCGGGCAGCCAGAGGAGCUGGGGUUGGGGGGAACAGAGCUGACCCCCCCCCCUACCCCGUGUCUCCCCUCCGUCGCCCCCCGCAUGAGCCGUCGGCAGCAUGGUGCUUGCGUGCCGGCCCCCGCGGGCUGCCCGCUCCCCGUCUCUGUGUAUGCGAUGCACGCUGUAACGGUAGAAGAGAACAACCUCCCCGUCCCCGAGCAUCCCUGUGCUGUGCUGGCGGUGUGUCA